UACACAAAACAUGAAAUUCUUCUUCGCUUUUCUCUCUCUUUUCUCUCUUAUCUUGUUUUCAAUCACUAUCAAUGCGAGAAAAGAUGUGGGUGAAUAUUGGAGGGGGGAAAUGAAAGAUCAGCCAUUGCCAGAAGCAUUACAACGACUUAGAGCUUCUCCAGUCUCAUCUACCUCCACAGAAGAGAAAGUUGAUGUAUUCGUAUAUCAUAAUGAUGAUGCGAAAUUUAAAGAGAAUUUUGAGCUAAGACCCGAUGCCACCAUAUAUCAUAAUGAUGCCAGACUUAAAGCAAGGAAGCCAUAUUUUGUGACAAGAGACGACGUUACAAUUUAUCAUGAUGAUAUGAGGUUCAAAGAGAAAUUUGAGCCGAGGUCGGAUGUCAUCAUGUAUCACAAUGAUGCUAAACUAAAAUCGCAGGAGCCAUUUCCUGAGACAAGAAAUGACGUUACAAUUUAUCAUGAUGAUGUGGAGAUCAAAGAGAAGUUUGAGCUAAGACCUGAUGCGACCAUAUAUCAUAAUGAUGCUACACUUAAACCACAAAAGCCAUAUUUUGAGACAAAGGAUGAUGCUACAAUUUAUCAUGAUGAUGUGGCUAUCAAAGAGAAGUUUGAGCUAAGACCUGAUGCGACCAUAUAUCAUAAUGAUGCUACACUUAAACCACAAAAGCCAUAUUUUGAGACAAAGGAUGAUGCUACAAUUUAUCACGAUGAUGUGGCUAUCAAAGAGAAGUUUGAGCUAAGACCUGAUGCGACCAUAUAUCAUAAUGAUGCUACACUUAAACCACAAAAGCCAUAUUUUGAAAUAAAAGAUGAUGCUACAAUUUAUCAUGAUGAUGUGGGGUCUAAAAAGGAGUUUGAACUGAGGCCUGAUGUAUUCGUAUAUCACAUUGAUGCAAGACCUAAAGCACGAAAGUCAUAUUUUGAGACAAAAGAUGAUGUUACAAUUUACCAUGAUGAUAUAGGUCUCAAAGCAAAGAAGUUAUUUUCCAAUGAUUUUGAAUCAAAGCCAGAUGUUACAGUUUAUAGCGAGUAAUUAAGCAAGACAAGCUAUUGUAUUCACUCAUGAUAUAGGACCAUUAUGUUUGAUGCAUUUGGAAUUAGAAUCCUCAAUAAGGUCAUCAUGAUUUGUAAUAUUUGAAUAAAAGGACUUUGUGUUUUUAAUCUGUA